AUGGAAAAAUCACGGUCUGGCCCCAGCGGCCUCAGGUCGACGUACCAACCAUCGGCCCAGGCGCUGGCGCCUCUUGCUCCUGGCUGGUCUGAACAUAAAGCGCCGACCGGCCACACAUACUACUACAACGCAGAGACUAAAGUAUCGACAUACACCCGCCCCGGCGCGCCGCAGGUCGCUGCCCCCCAGACGACGCCGAACGCACCCUAUGGAAGCAUUCCAAAUCUCUCCGACCCGAAAGUCGCCAACGCAUACCUGGCACAGCUCAACCCGUCGCAAAGAGGAGGAUCAUAUGGCGGUCGGGGUGGAGGUCGCGGAGGAGGUAGAGGUGGUCAUGAAGGACGGCCCAAGCCACAGCCCACCGACAAGCCACGGAGGAAAGAGGCGAUUCCUGGCUGUGAGCCGUGGAUCCUCGUCUAUACCAAGUACUCGAGGCGAUUCGUGUACAACCCGGUGAAGAAUGCGAGUUAUUGGCGUAUACCCGAGAAGCUGAUGCCUGGCAUUCUGGAGCUCGACAAAGCUAGGAUACGCGGCAAGGCUGAGGGAACCCAGGCCAAGGAGGAGUCUGCGGAGACUGAAAAGGCUGGGGAGGCUGCUGACACUGCGCCUCAACAGCAAGAGGGAGCCGAGGAUAGCUCCGAGUACGAGGAAGUCGAAGUUACGGAUGACGAGGGAGGUGAAGAAGAGGCGGAUGGGGAGCACCCGACCAAGCGACAGCGAACAGAGGAACCGGGGGAUGAAGAGCCGGUGGAAUUCACCGAGGCGGAUAUCAUGGCACAGCUACAAGCCAUGGGCGAAGACUACGGCCUGGAGCCUGGGGACUACGAUGACGGAAACAUGGAGGACUGGCCCGAAGGCGCAGAGGGCUUGGACUUUUCCGAAGAGGAUGCCAAGCUUCUGUUUAGAGAUUUGCUGGAUGAUUUCAACAUCAACCCAUUUAGCCCCUGGGAAAAAUUGAUGGAGGAAGGGAAAAUCAUCGAGGAUCCUCGGUAUACGGCCCUCAAUACCACCAAGGCGCGAAGGGAAUGCUGGGACGAGUGGUCGCGUGAGAAGAUCAACCGGCAAAAGGAGCUGCGGGCGCGCCAGGAGAAGAAGGACCCUCGUGUCGCAUACAUGGCCUUCCUCCAAGAAAAGGCCACACCGAAGCUUUACUGGCCUGAAUUCAAACGGAAAUACAAAAAAGAGGCCCCCAUGAAGGAUAUGAACCUUUCCGACAAGGACCGGGAGAAGGCAUACCGAGAUCACAUUAACCGGCUGAAGCAACCUCAGGCGACCCGGAAAGCGGACUUGAGUGCCCUUCUCAAAGCCCAGCCCAUCCACGUGCUCAACAAUAAGUCCUUCCCAGUCCUACCAACGCAAAUCUUGGUUGAUGCACGGUAUGCUGCCUUGGAACCGGCGGUGCGGGACCCGCUUAUUGAAGCAUAUGUCCAGACCCUUGGUCCACCUCCAGAUGAGGAUGCGGACGAUGCGCAGGCGGCGUUGGAGGCUAAAGAGAAACGAGAAAGACGGGAGAAGGCGUUACGAGACCGAGAUAGGGCUGCGGAUGACGCAAGGCGGCAGAGGGAGAGAGACGUGGCGAGGGCCAAGGCAAAUCUGCGAGAAGAAGAGCGAGAGGUUGAGAUGGCAAUGCGGGUUGGUAGAGAUGGGUUGAAGAGCCAGCUCGUUGACAAGUCGGACGCAUGA